GCCCCGCCCUCGUGGCCCCGCCCUCCCUCUAUCCCAGGACUGCCUUCCAGCGCAGCCCGGGCACCCAGCGCUGGUCUGCGGGCGCCGAGAAAUGGACCAAUUUUGACAAGAUGUAGUGCUGCGGCGAGCCUGAUCAGAGAUGUUCAGUCAUGGCAUCCGAACUUUGUAAGACGAUCUCUGUGGCCAGGCUUGAAAAGCACAAGAAUUUGUUCUUAAAUUACAGGAAUCUGCACCACUUCCCACUGGAGUUACUGAAAGAUGAAGGGCUGCAACAUCUGGAGAGGCUCUACAUGAAAAGGAACUCGCUCACAACCUUGCCAGAAAACCUUGCUCAGAAGCUUCCAAACCUUGUGGAACUGUACCUUCACUCAAAUAACAUAGUUGUGGUCCCAGAAGCCAUCGGGUCCCUUGUAAAACUCCAGUGUCUGGAUCUUAGUGACAAUGCCUUAGAGAUUGUUUGCCCGGAAAUUGGUCGUCUGAGAGCCUUGCGUCACCUUCGAUUAGCUAACAACCAACUACAAUUCCUACCUCCAGAGGUUGGCGAUUUGAAGGAGCUGCAGACACUAGACAUUUCUACCAAUCGUUUGCUAGCUUUGCCCGAGAGGCUUCACCUGUGCCUUUCUCUGCAGUACCUCACUGUGGACCGCAACCGCCUGUGGUGUGUGCCGCGCCAUCUCUGCCAGCUGCCCAGCCUCAACGAGCUCUCCAUGGCUGGAAACCGUCUUGCAUUUUUGCCACUUGAUUUAGGUCGCUCUCGAGAGUUGCAGUAUGUGUAUGUGGAUAACAACACCCACCUGAAAGGCCUGCCGUCGUAUCUCUACAACAAAGUCAUCGGCUGCAGCGGCUGUGGCGUCACCAUCCAGGUGUCUGAGGUGAAGCUGCUGUCCUUUUCAUCUGGGCAACUGACCGUCUUCCUCCCAGCCGAGGUGAAGGCCAUUGGCACAGAGAACGACCAUGUCCUGCCCUUGCAGGAGCUGGCCAUGCGGAGUCUCUACCACACCUACCACAGGGUUCCAAAAGAUCUGAACUUUUUGUCUCCAAUCUCAUUACCCAGAAGUCUCCUGGAGCUGCUGCACUGCCCCCUGGGGCACUGUCACCGGUGUAGUGAGCCCAUGUUUACCUUCGUCUAUCCCAAGCUCUUCCCCUUGAGAGAGACAACAAUGGCAGGCCUGCACCAGGGGAGGACAACUGUUGGCUUCGUGGCUUACUGCUGCUCCACCCAGUGUCUGCAGACCUUUGACCUGCUGGGUUGAUAAACACUCAAGAGCUUCAGGAGCACUGGCAGCUCACACUGCAGCUGCCUGCUGCCGCCCAGCGUGUGUGGCCAUGCCAGGAGAGUCCAGCCAGGCGGAACAGACCCUUCCAUCCUGUCCUCUCCUGUGCAGUGCGGGGGCAUGCCGAACUCUCUGGACAUGUCCUGAUUGGGCUUCACAACUAAAAGGCCUUCACCCUUCCCACAAGUUGGAAUAUAUCCUCCCCCAAAUUAAGAACGUUUUGUCUUCUGUGUUUUUCUUUUUAUGUGAGUGUGUCUCAUACGUAAACUAUUUAGUCAGAUGAGCUUCCCACGUCUAAUUUAAAGCGAGCUGCUGUUCCCUGAAGAACUCUUAAUUUGAUAAUAGAACCAAAUUAACUGUUGGCCAACAUACCUUUGGUGAUGAUCCUUCUGCCUUUCCCCAGACAAUUAUUUCCCUCGAGAUUAUUCUCAGGGCUUCUCCAUUGGAAACUUGUCAGUUUCUAAAAACCCCAGCAACCCCACGGCUUCUGCAGGGCGGAGGUGCAGCAGACUCCAGAGCACACGCCUCUAGAGAGUCCCUGCCUUCUUUCUAAGUGUUGCAACCUAUGAAGACAUUUUCCGAGAGGGUUUAAAAACUAAAGUGUAGAUACUAAUUAAAUACGCUCUUGUUCAAAACUACUACAGGAAAACAAGUUUUGAAAUGUUUGGGCUUUUUGCUAAGAUUUUUUUUUUUAUAUACAUAAUUGGCAAGUUUGAGGCCCUGCUCGAUCCUCCACUGUGGAUGAGGCUUAGCAAUAUUUACUCAUAUGUGAAACCGUCCUCAUCUUGACCGUGAAUUCUCACUGGGACAACAGCAGUGAGCGGGGCUACACUCCACCUCCAGCUUUUGCAACGUCCACGAGCUUCCCCUUGCAGAGAGACACUCCCUUUGUGGGGGAUGCACUGAUUUCAUCUUCCUUUGGAAGGAUGGCAUUUUAAUCUGCUUUGCUUCCAGAUGUUCAUCUGGUUGCCGUGGAGUGGCUCUUUUUUUCUGAGGGGGAGGGGGAGUUCUGUAUAAUUUAUAUAAGACAAGGUCGAGAGGAGAACCAAGGAGGGUUGCUUGGUGGAAAAGCUAUUUCCAAAAAAAAAAAAAAAAACGUGGUUGGUGACAUUUUAUUAGCCAGCCUAACUGUAAUUCUAGGCUCUAACAGUGCCAAAAAUCCUCCAUAGUUACUGACAAACGUGUGAUCUCUUUGCAGUCACACCACCUGCUGCCCAAAACGCAGACUCUCCAAGUAAUGGCAGAGGCAGAAAACGGCCAUGCAUGCCAGCUGUAGCGUCCCUGUUCCUACUUCCUCCCAUCCCUUUCAUAACGUGGUCUGUGCAGUCUUAACAUUUCAAAGGCCUAGCGUACAAUAGGAUCUGAGGGUCUGGAUCGAAUGUGCCACUCCUUUUAUCCUUUAGAAGAAUGGGAGUUUCAGCAUAACCCCGACAUGUAUAUAAGUUGGAGGGAGAAAAAUGUGACCUGAAGCUUCACAUAUGUGUUUGGCUUAAGUCCCUGUUACCUACCACAUGAAUGGCAGUCAAUACCUGGCCACAUCUUUCUGUUUCACCCAGUGCUAUAUUGUAUGUCUCCAGUGGAGCCAUGAAAUGUGCCACCCAGAUACUCAGGAAUUCUCAUGGAGACAAUGAGGUGUGGGAUACUUUUGUUUCACCUUGUUUAAAUUUUUACAAUGUUACCUGAACGACAGUGUACUGCACAGCAGCAGUAGGCUGGGCAGAGAGCCUCUAGGCUGUCAGUCUUAACCUGGGUUGGGAACAGCAUUCUGUGCUUCACUGAUGAGAAAGAACUUAAGGUGGUUUCCCUGGUGCUGUUCCUCAUGGAGACUUUGUGUGGAUGCACGGAUGUCAUUGUCAACCUUUUGGUGGUAUAAACAACUCUUGUCAACUGGAGAAGGCUUGCCUCUACGUUAUGUUCUCCAGUUGUGUCCAACGCUUUGGGCAAAAAAGAAGACUCGUGUUGUGUCUUCUUUGCUCCCUCCCUUUCUUUCGUAGGGAGCCUGUCCGGAGCACGGCACAUGCUGGGUAAGCACCCCAUCGCUGAGCUAGACCCCCAGCCCUGUUUGUUGCUGUUUUUUCCUGAUCAGGCGGACAGAUACUGCAUAGAGGAACAGUAAGGAGACGAAGGAGCUCCUUGGAAGGUGGAAUGUCUUUGGGGCAGUUCUCCUCUUCAGCUCGCGUGGGUGACUAGUGCCAAGCUGGAAGCUAGGGUAGCCUCAAGGACGGAGCCUUCUAUGAUGCGUGAGAGCCGCCGCACCCUUUUUAGCUGAUUCCACAUCGGUGUUCUUCAGUAGGAUUGUCACCAUAUCAAAUAGUCGUGAUCAUAUAACAUUGUGCAAGUGAAAGCGUUGUAUCUUCAAUGUAUAUAUG